CUCAUCCCCGGACGAUACGCAUCGUCGUCGCUAUCAAUCCCCAAUUCCAGUCGCCGCCGCCGCCCGCUCGCCCGCCGUACGUCCCGCGCGCCGCCAUGCCAGACCCCUUUGCCGCCGCCGCUUUCAGGCGGUCGUCCCGUCGCCCCUGGGUGCUCACCGACUCGAAGUGCCACAUCGGCGACCGCGACAACGCAACAACCGCCCACGGCGUCACGAGCCAAAGCGGCGACAUCAAGGUGACCUUCGAGCUCGCGGACCCGCCCGGCGUCUCUCGCUGCUUCGUGCACUGCCCCGGUCUGGCGGAUGGCUGCUACGGCGGAGAUCCCCUGGUUCUGAGCUCGGCGGACGCGUUCGUGCUUCUCGUCGUCCCCUUCACCGAAGGCUCCAGGCGCAGGGAGUACAAGGAUUUCUUCGUCUACAGGGCAGGUCCAGGGGCUCCAUCGCUCAGCCUUCUCCCCGCCCCCUACCGCUACCCUGACUACAUCAGGCUGACCGGCGUCGUGCCCCUCGGCGGCUCCGAUCUCAACAGCAAAGACUACGCCGUGGUCUUCCCCCUCGUCUGGCGAUCGCGACACACCAAAGACUCUACCAGCAGGAAGUGCAUCGAUCUCCGCGUGUAUUGCUCCGAUAACUCUGCGUCGCCGUGGCGCUACACCUACAAGAUGGCCAGCAUCGCCAUGGACACCAAGAUAUACCAACAUCACGAAGUGAUGUGGCACCAAGGCACCAGAGUGAUCUUCGCCGGGGCAGGAACACUUGGCUGGGUCAAUCAUUGGCAUGGCAUUCUGCUAUGCAACGUGCUGGACAACAAUCCGGUCAUGUGUUUGAUCCAAUGGCCCGUUCCGAUCCCUUGCGAUCUGGUGUCGCGGUUUGGCAUAGGAGUCGAUGAUAUCUACCCCCGUCUGUUCCGUGUAGUCGCUAUAAGCAAUGGUGUGAUCAGGUUCGUCGAGCUGAAAUCUUGUGGGUGUACUGAUACCAUGGACGGUCACCACAUGGAAUUGGGACAUCCGCUCAAAGAAGUGGCACAAGAGGUUCACUGUCAAGGCUGAUAACGUGCCUGUCACUGGUUCAUGUUUCCCUAAGGUAUCAGGUGGCAAGAGGUUGAGCUGGGACAAGGUGGUUCACGGUGGGCCCACUCUUAGCUUGUGUGACGAUGAUGUUGUCUACAUCAUGGCUAGACUGGACAUCCGGCCGCCGGUUGCAUGGAUGCUUGCCAUUAACAUUAGAGAGGAAACACUGGAGGCGGCCAAGCAGUGUUCUGCUGAGAAGAUGCUCGGUCUUGAACCGACUUAUGUUCAGUGUGCCUUGUCCAACUACAUCAAGCAGUGGAGAAGGUGAUGAGGAAGGGGACACUGGAGAAAACACUUAUCUUGUCUACUGUUGUUGUUAAUCUUGUUAUGUCAGGUUGUUUUCCUUACUCUGAAUAUCUGAAUAAUGGCUAGAGACACGCUGUCUUCGUGCAGCGGCAGAAUAGGUCUGGGAUUUUACCCUUUUCUGUUUUGUUUGUUCCUGGCCACAAACAGUUCGUGGGAUGGCACGGGAUCAAUGGAUCUUUCGCAGCCAGUUUGUCAUUUUCGUGUAUAAAAGGAAGAAAGCAAAAAUGAUGCAGGUUGAACGCGUCGCAAAAAUCCUACUGUCUCCUGCGUCGAGUGUGUUCCCUGUCGACUCUACUCACCGACUCUGGCUAAUAUGCCCAUAGGACAAAUGUAUGUAAACUGGAUGAAUUGUUGCUGAUAAAAUAGGCACUUAUUAUGCUGCUGGAUGAAGAAAACUAUUACACAAUAACCUUUCCCGGCCUUGUUGGGUGAUACGUUUUCAAGCAUAUAGAUAUUAAAGAAAAAGAUGUGCUUAAACUCAUUUGGUUUGAGGACUGGAUGUGCAAGCCUACGAGUUGGGUCAAGUGAUUACAGACGUUAAUUUUGAUUCCAAUUUAUGCUGCAAGGCUUUCUGUAUUGUAUCUGAAAA